CCAUAGUUUGCUGCACAAAUUAAAGUUGAGAAAGAGGAAAAAAAGGGAGGAAAAUGGAGGGAGUUGUUUCGAGGGAGAUAGAAGUUAAGGCUUCUGCGACCGAAACUUGGAAGGUGUACGGCAGCCUUCUACUGGCCAAGAUCGGGGUGGAAGCGUUUCCCGAUAAAUACAGUGGAUUCAAAGUCCUGCAAGGCAACGGUUACGCUGGAACCAUCAUCCAAGUCUUUUUUGCUCCAGGGGUGGAGGGGCCGCCAUGGUACAAGGAGGAGUUCUUGGUGGUGGAUGAUGUGAAACGAGUGAAGAUAGGGAAGUUUAUCGAGGGCGGGGUUUUGGAACAGGGGUUUAAAAGUUAUGUGGUGACGUUGAGAGCGAUAGAGAAGCAUGGGAAGAAGGAUGAGUGCAUCAUGACAGGUAGCAUCGAGUAUGCGUUGUAUGAUGCAGCUGCUAUCCCUUUGGUUACCAGCUCCAUUGAGGGCCUCCUUGCUCUCAUGAAGGCUAUUGCAGAUUACGUCAUUGAACACCAGAACACCACCACCUACUGAGCCUUUUCAUUUGGAAGUUGUGAGUUUAUGUUGUGUAUUUGAAUAAAGGCAGGAAUGGUACUGUUUGUUUGAAUAAAAACAAGGCUCCUUGAACUAUUAUUUUAUA